AUGGAGCAGAUACCAGGCAUUCAUAUUCCGGGAUCUGAAAACGCCGGCAAUAUGCCACUCGAUAAACCUCCCCUUGAGGGCAAUGCGGUUAACGGUGCUAUCAAGGAAGCAGACUCCAUCCUGACACCCAACGCUGAUGCAAAGGCUGAGAGAUCUGCUGCCGCGGCUCGAUGCUUCAGACGGAAGCGAUAUCUGGAUUGUCUCUACACCCUUGACGAGAAGUACGCCAAGGCGAGCAACCCUCCCCGAAGAAGGAAAAAGCCGUAUCGUCCGCACCCAGAAACACCUGCCGAAAUGGAGAGUUUGUUCCGUGGAGUGCCUCCCCCUCGAGAGUCUGAGUCUAGAUACGAAGGUGGUGCAGGCCCAGUAUUCACGACCUCUAACACAACCCUACUGCCGACUUCGAUUAGUUCUCGCCUGAAAGUGAAGACCCGGAAGACGCUGACGACGAAGAGAGCAAACUCCCUAGAACAAACUGGUAGUUCGUCAGGCAAGCCUGAGGAUAAUAAAUAUAACGAGAGUGAGGAAGAAUACGGCGAUGAGGAAGAUAGUCACCCCUGGAUGCCCUCCUCAAAAGUUAGGGUGGGUGUAGAACAUGAGGAAGGUCUACUCUUUAGAGCGUGGGAUCACAAGUCUGAGUGCCAGAUAAAUGACAGCAAGGUCGGCUUUCUCUCAGGCGCGAGCCGAUUUAUGCUUGGCACAAAAGAAAGUCGCCAGCGAGCGAUUGGCAACCACGCAAAUUGGGGAAACCGCGAGAAGACUCCCUUUAUAUCAAUGACCUCGAACAUUCAGGAGAUUGCAAAUGUCCGAAUCAAGCAGUUGACAAACCGCCAAAUUAAUGCGGGCAUCAGAUCUAACACGAGACUGACAAUAGUGAACGCCUUUGCGCGGGCUGCAGCAGGGAUGCCAAUCCUGCGAAUGAAGGAUGAGCUUGACUACUACCGAGUGGAGACUCCUUACGGCAAUGUUAAAAACUACAAGACCUGGUUCUUUGAGCACGAGUAUUUACUCCCUUUCCGCGUGCCUGUAACCGAAAUCGUGGGCACUUGGUGCUGGCAGGAUAUUGAGAAGUCGGUAGGGGAUAUUAACACUUGGUACAACACCGUGGCGUUGCCUGCGUUUAAGGAGCACGAGAAUGCAAGGAAGGAAGCCCGGACGACUCGUCCUGCUGGCUGCACUUGCUGCGGGGAAUCGAUAUAG